AUGUUAGACAAGGAUGAUCUUGCCAACGCCGAGCGACGCGUGGUUCCAUGCGAGCGGUGGCAGUAUGAAGAGGCGAGCGGAAGCAUCGUGGGCCAGUGGGAUCUGGUGUGCCACCACCGCUGGUUGCUGCCCUUGUCCUCGGUGCUUUAUUUGGUAGGCGCCUUGCUGGGCCUGCCACUCGUUGGCCUGGCGGCUGAUUGCCUGGGCCGCAAGCCUGUUGUUAUCUGCUGCGUGGGGGCGCUUCUGUUCGCCGGCACAAGUUGUGGCGUGGCGCGUUCCUUCGACAGCUUCAUCCUAUCGCGCCUGGUCGUGGCCCUGACUUCGGGCGGCACCCAGAUUUUGCUGUUCGUGUUGCUCUACGAGGCGUGCGAUAACGGGCACCGCUUGACUUUCAGCCUGCUCUGCUGGGGCACCGCGUCGGCGCUCCUCCCUCUAGUCCUCCAGUUGAUAAGCGUUAUGGACGAGCGCUGGGAGAAGACUCAGGUGGCGCUCAUGGUGCCCACGUGCCUCCUCGUCUCGGUCUGCUUCCUGCUUGAGGAGUCGCCCGCCUGGCUGCUGACGUCAUGCCAGCCGCGUCUGGCUGAAGAGGCGGCGCUAGCCAUGGCGGUUGUGAACGGCGUGCCGCCCACUAGGGUCAAGGUAGCCUUCGCGGCACUGCUCACGCAAGCCGACGCCCAGCAUCAGUCGGCACGUGAAAGCGCAUUCUUGUUCACGCAAGCGGCUGUUUUGCGGAAGACGGUGUUUCGCUGCCGCCGUCUGCCGGAACUCUGUUCGUGGUUCACAGUCAUGCUUACCUUCUACAGUGCCAACCUCGGGCCAGCUGAAACCGCGCCACACUCAUUCUUGGGCAGCGUCGCUGUUGCCUUACUCGUGAGUGCCAUGUACGCUGCCGUCUGCUGGAGUACAGCACGAUUCGGCCCAAGACUCACUUUUGCGGCGGUUACCUGGCUCCUGGCGCUCCAGUCAAUCGUCCAGGCGAGCAAAGUCGGCCAGAUGACGGCCGUUGUGGGCUUCACUGUAGCAGCCACCGCCAUGGGUGCCACUUACGUUUACUCGAUCGAAACAUUCCAGAGCGAGGCACGCUGUGUGGGCAUGGGUGCCUGCUACUCUGUGGGCUGCAUCGGUGCCGCUGUUGCGGUAAUUGCCGACCCUCCGAGGCAGAUUCUUCACGCCAUCGCAGCCGUGCUCACGUUUCUCAGCCUCACCGGUCUGCACCUGCAGCCCUAUGUAGUCGGUGUCAAGAAGCAUGAGAACCACUCUAGCGCGGCCGAGCGCAAAAAGGCCAUGCAAGAGUCGCUGGUACCCAUCAGGGCUGCUGUGGGUAAUUCGAUGGCCAGGCGUGCAUCCAGGUCGUCGUCCAUUAGUUUCAGGAGAGGUUCCAGAGCACGGGCUCCCACUGACAAUGGCUCCGCGCUCGAUCCGCAGCACUACGAAGCGUUCCACAUGGACUUGGUCUGCUCUGACCUGCAUGGCCACCAAUCGCAGACCGGACCAGCGAACACUUGCCCGUCGCACGGAGGUAUAGAAAACGCCGACACGCACGCACGUGAUUUAUAAGGACAUGGCGGAUGUUUUAUUUCUAUCAGUAUUAUCUAAUGAAAUAUCGUUUGACACAAUACAAAGUUACUUCUCG